AUGCCAACAAAACUUUAUGUUGGUAAUAUACCUGAAUUAAUAAGUUCAACUGAAUUGAAAGAAUUAUUUGAAAAAUAUGGCAAAGUAUUAGAAUGUGACAUUAUUAAAGAUUAUGCUUUUGUUCAUAUGGAAGAUGCAAGUAAAGCAAAAGCAUCUAUAGCUGCUUUAAAUGAUUUUAGUUUAAAAGGAAAUCGUAUUAGAGUUGAAAUGUCAACAACACAGCUACGAAAUUCAGGUCGUUCAUCUCGUCGUGGAGAUUCACCACGUCGUCAAUCAAGUUCUAUGUCGAUGCGUUCGUCUCGUCGAGAAUAUCCAAUGAUGUCGUCUAGUCGAAGUGGCGGUUAUUCUGGUGGAGGAGGAGGCGGCGGCGGCGGUGGACCCGAUCGAUCUUAUCCGAGUAUGCGUAGUAGCUAUAUGGAUGCAAGAUCUCGUCCGUAUGAUUCACCUUAUGAACGUCAACGAAUGCCACCACCACCACCGAUGAGUUAUACUGAUCCGUACAGUAUGCGAGGUGGUCCUAUCGAUAUGUAUGGUCGCGAUGAUUUUUAUCAACAACGAGGACCACCAAUGCCAAUGGCUGAUCAUUAUGGACGCGGACCACCAAUGCGGUCAAAUUACGAUCCGUAUUCAGCAUAUCCAACCGGACCAAGUUCAUUGGGACCAAUGAGAAGUCGAUAUGCUGCAUCACCACCAUCGUCACGUAAUGGAUUAGGACGUUAUGGUUCACCACCACGAUCAUCAUCUUCACGUCGCCCAUCUAGACGAUCACCGCCGCCGCCAUCAUCAUCCAAUUCAUCACGAUCACGUCGUUAA